CUCUUGUGCCCACGCGACAUGUGGGAGUAGAUCCAGGCACAAUCGAGAUAUCCAUCGAUCCUGAAUCCGCCUCCGAAGAUGGACUGUCACCUAUGAAUUACUGGGCUUCUCCGCGCUAUCUGCACCGCUCCAUCUGAUUGUAUUGCGUUCAAUCUCUCGUCAGAGCAACACUUUUCCAGAGUUGCUACGUGUGCGCGGCUAUGAUCAGAGUGUUGAACAUCGGAUCACGUUUCGACCCCCAUAUCACACGUCGAAUUGGGCAAUGCUCAAUGCUUUGCUCGCUAUCUACCGGAGCUCCAGUAAGAAGUGCUCCACAGCUGGAUAAUCGCUAUCUGGAAAUCUUGCGCACUGGGGAGCAGUGUGCUCUCACAUUCAGGCUCACCUGAUUUGGGAAUUAGUCCACAUUUGAGCAACGACGGCACAGCAGGGAAUCAAAACUGCUUUUGGGUAGGCAGCAACUGUGUACCCGGAGCAUCAGUCAAUUUUCAACGGGAACUUAUUAAUAAUGAAUAUCAGCUAUCCGAGUGCCUUCGCAUGUUUCUUUUCUCUCGAUGAUAUCGCAUCUUGUCAUCGACGGGAUCGUGCUUGGUACUUUGGAGUGGGAAGCCGAUCGAUAAUAGCUGCUAAUUCUCGAGUAAGUGACUUUCUCUGGACAGCUCACCAUGUGCCCUCUCGCCCUAGUGUUUGCCCCCAGAGAGUUGUCAGCUUGCCUCCGCCAUUUGAAAGGAACCACCUGAUUUAUCAGUCUUGGCCACCAAACAUUGCGUUCAAGUGCGACGGUCGUUAUCAUGCAUGUCAGUAUCACAAGUGGCGACUGGCUUGACACCUCAGUACGUGUUUCUUGUGUAAAGUAUUCUUGACAAACACAAUAUCGCACUGUUCAGUAUUUCCAAUCAAUGUGGACCGGCGUUCAAAUCACCUCGCACCGGGUGCUGGCACAUCCUCUUGCAGCACAGUGUUUGCGAGCUAGUUGCUCCAUCUUUUAAAAGCGUACAUAUAUCUAUCUACUCAUCACCCAUCGCCCACCGUCUCCAAGUUUUUCCAUUCGAGCAAUACUUGCGACCUGGGCCGUUCCACAAAAUUUGUGUCUUCGUUACCCAAACCGUUGAAGUGAUCAAUAUCAAACAUACACAAGCUUAUGGUCGACCCCGCAAUCUCCAAUAAGAACCAUGUCAGGCGCUAGGAAUUCCCGCUCUGGUUCCAGGUGUCACGGAAGGAGUAGCAAAUCUCACGGCUGUGGUGACUGUCUGGGGGAAUUGGGGCGUGGUGGAAGAGACGGGUAUGGGAGACGGAGUUUGGGGGGUAGAGGUGGAGAGAACAUUGGUUGGGGUCGUCAAGGCGCGGUUCGUCUUGAUGAUCCCCCCCUUCGACGUUCACAGGAUGAGAAUGAUGAUGUUUUGGGGUCGUCAAGAGCAAUGGGCAGGAUGGGUGGAUUGGGAAGCCAAGAUGGAAUUAACCCAUUGGGCAGACGAGGAGGCAUUGAUCCAUUCGGAGGGUUGAGUGGAAUGGGUGCAUUAGGAGGAAUGGGUGGGCUGGGCGGGAUGGGUGGAGGAGAUAUCCUCAGCUACCCGAUGAUGGGCCAAACCCCCCUCGCCUCUGCUCGAGCUACAAUGUUCAACAAUCAACAGCCCUUCGCAGCCAAUCCCAUGCUAGGACUUCACCAGCGGAAUCUGCUCCGUCCAGAACUGAGUAUGGGCAGUCCUUUACAAGAUCGCUUCAUGGAAGAAAGACAAGGUCUAAUGAACCCUCUUGGCCUCGGCAUCAGAUCACCGUCUCUCAGAUCAGGUGGUAGUUUGGACAUGCGUGCCGUGGAUCGGCCAAGCAUGCCUUAUGGGCCAUUCCAAGGCAGUCUGAUGCAGCUACAGAACCAGUAUCCGAACUAUCGUCCUCCUUAUGUUGAGGAUUAUGAAGGGAGUGAGAUAGAAGCUGAAGUGGCGGCUCAUCACGCUGCCAUGCAGAUGCAGAUGAUGAAUGGAGUUGGCGGAAACCCUUUUUUCUAUGACGAUGGCCAAUAUGGAGAUCAUUUUGGUGGGAUGGGGCCUGUGAUGACUGGAGGAAUGGGAGGAGGCAUGAUGCCUGGUGUAGGGGGUGGUAUGAUGGGAGGCAUACCUAGACCAUGAGCAGGUUUGGGGAGAUCUACACUAGUUCCCUAUCAUUGCCAAAAGUCUUGGGCGACAUAAUCAAGCCAUUUAUGUGGUUACAGCCUUCCCCGACGUUGUUAUCAGCAUAUUGAAUAUCUCUUCAUAAACAGACCUGCCUGCCUAGGACCUUCAUACCCUACCUCUCAAUAGACUUAAAUCGCAAUCUUCUCGUGCGUUCUCUCGUCACUUAACAGUCCAGAGGCUACUUUACGAUGAGGCUGGAAAUGGCUGGCUUGCUGACAGUGUCUUGCCCUAAAGCUGGAUAAUAAUCUGCUGGGCUCUUCAAGCGUACCGACUGCAAUGCUAGCCAUGCACUUCCAGGUUCUGUAUUGACAGCAGGACAGUUCAACCCUGGCUCCAAUAGUGUUCGCUGGGUCGGCCGUCAGGCUCAAAGAGUUUCAACAUAUUUAAGUAAUGGAUGCUGAUUUAUAGAAGUUGAUUGGAUCCCUAGAUCUCCGCCAAAUAACAUUAAGAUCAAGGGGAGUGACUUGUCCAACUCACUCCUCUGAAAUGAUUGAGCUGACCAGCCUUGAGUUGUGAAUAAAGAUCUAGACGCAAUGUGGACUAACCACCAUGUGACAGCGCCAGGGAGAAAUAAAUUUGGACAACUUAAGAGUCGAAAAUGAUACCGAAUUUUUGGCUAACCGUUCUUGGCUGCUUCGCUUGAAGGACAAGCAGGAGGUAGAGAAGCCAAUACUGUGAGAAACAGAAACCGAGUCUUUCAGGCAAGCCAAAGACAAAAUAACUAGUUUGAGUGGAACUGAUUGAAGAGACCUUAAUACCAAUAUGGGAUGAAGUACAUCGAUUCUUGAUACCCUCUUGCGCUCUUGGAUGUACUUGCUCUGGUCAUAGGACGCUUUCGCCACAAAACAAGAACAGAGAAAACCGCUCUACAGUAACUCAACAUGUUUUGUGUCAUUAGUCAUCACAAUGUCUACGACUGUUGGAGAGCCAUCACAAGGCCAUCCUUUCCGUUACUCUAUGACGAUAACAGAAGACUCGGAUCUUAAAGACAACACAUCUUCAGACUGCUGUUCGGGGAUAAGUUACUAUCCCUACUCAGAAUGCAUGCGCCACGGGCUUGGCCACCGCUAUUUCUACCCAGCACAGCCCUACAAGUUCGUCGAGAGGCUCCACCAACGACGGUUAUUGGGCUUGGGAGGUAUUGUACCGAAGAUGCAAGAAAGAACAAGAACACCUCGGCGGGGCCGGUACUGUACCUGACCUGGAUUGAGUUGGUUCGCAAUCAUUCACUACGACGUCAGAAUGCUGUGCAUAGAAUGCUCGUGGAAGCUCAGCCAUCCCGGAGCCAGAGCGCACAGCACAGCACAGCACAGCAC